AUGGCCGAUCAGUUGUCCGAAGAGCAGAUUUCUGAGUUUAAGGAGGCUUUCUCGCUGUUCGACAAGGAUGGUGACGGCACAAUCACUACCAAGGAGCUCGGCACCGUGAUGCGCUCACUCGGGCAAAACCCUACCGAGGCGGAGCUGCAGGACAUGAUCAACGAGGUCGACGCCGACGGGAACGGCACCAUCGAUUUCCCCGAAUUCCUCACCAUGAUGGCCCGCAAGAUGCGCGACACGGACAGCGAGGAAGAGAUCAAGGAGGCGUUCAAGGUGUUCGACAAGGACGGUAAUGGCUACAUCAGCGCAGCCGAGCUGCGACAUGUCAUGACCAACCUCGGGGAGAAACUGUCUGACAACGAGGUUGAUGAGAUGAUCCGUGAGGCUGAUGUUGAUGGCGACGGUCAGAUCAACUAUGACGAAUUCGUGAAGAUGAUGCUCUCGAAGUGA